AGGACGCCAAGUGCUGUCUGGUGAAGCAAAGUCGGGUGGAACGUUUUUGUUGUUUGUUGAAAUAUCUUACUAACUUACUUAUAGUUAGGGUAACCUACGCAGAAACUUGAUAAAGAAUCUUGGACGACGAACAAUCGUAGCAGAGUGUUGUGAAUUUUGUUUGCAAUCCAGGAUGCCGUACAUUUUGGUGGAAAUGAUGGAUUCUGCCGGAGUUAAGGAGCUGCUUGCUGUACCAGCAACCUGGGUUCAACGACAUGAGAAUGAAAGUGCAUAUCUUUGUUGGCCUUCUGUGCGGAGCAUUCGGAAAUUGAACGCACUGUUUGAAGACGAAUACAGCAUACCGACAGAGGUAUGGGAGCGAUAUGAUUGUGAAGUUCUAUGCCGAAACAUACAAUCGUUGGCAAUGGCCGACAAAAUGAUCGAAACGAUGGAAAUGGAGUACGAGACGGAUGAAAUCGAACCAAAUAAAGCUACGCCUGACCUGGAGAAUAGUACAGCCCAACACAGAGCACAAAGCAAACAGCAGCAUCAGUGCACUAAGUCGGAAGCGAACCGUCAGAAGGGAAAGGUGCAGAAGCUGCUCGCACGCAUAAACACACUGGAGAAUGAUCCACUGGGAGAUGUGAAACCAUGUCCACAGCUGCUGAACCUGAUGUACGAUUUGAAAAGCUUGAUUCAGAGCAAUCAGGCAGAGAUCAGACAGAAACUAAAGAAAGGAUUCGGUCAGGUGGAAAAAUCAUUACUUGCGAAGCAAAUAGAAUCGAAUGCCAUGCAGUACGCAAUGGAACGCAUGGAAUCGAACGCAUUGGGGAAUGUGUCAUCGUUCCCACCGGUUCCGCAGUUUACAGUGAAGCUGCUAACCGAGAUGGAAGAACUGGAAAACUUUGAAAAACAGUUGAAUGAUAAAGAAUAUCUGAAGAAAGUACACUGCUGGAUCGACACCACCCUGGGUCUCGAGCGAGAUUCUGAGCAUCGAAUGCACACCAUACUGGACCUGAUAAUAUCCCGCAAACUAUUUGCUGGUUUCAGCUGGACCGGUGCCGGUAAAGAGAAGCGCCCGAUGCACGUUCACAAAAACAUUCUCGGAUUGUUUGAGUAUGCCGGAACCACUCCCAUGAAUCGUGCGAAUCACAUUACGGUGGAGCUUUUUAUGCGCAAGAAGUUGCACAAUUCAGCCACCAGGGUAAAGGUGCUUGGGGUGCGCAAAAGUGUGCCCCAUCGUCGCAAGCGCACAGAAGCCAGACAAUCGAAUGCGUAUCAAGCUGCGGAACGUGCACAAGCGUUCGAGUUGGAAACGCAAGAAGAUGAAGUGAAGCUCGAACAAUCGUCAUCAUCUUCAUCAUCAUCUUCAUCCUUUGUAUUUUAGCAUAUUCCGAUUAGUGCGGAAUGUGUGCAAAUUACGCAAGGCCAGUCGGGUGUACAUGGAAGUUGGGAGUGAUGUGUGACUAUCGAGGAAUGGACAAGUAAAUGAUGGUAAAGCUGUAAAUCACAUUUCGACAUACGGCGCAUGCAGAAGCGAAAAAUUCCCAUUGACUGUUUAUAUAGCACAUCACUCAUUUUUGUGUGAAACGGCCAGGUGGUAACCAUUGGGAUCACCCAAUUUUGGGUGAUGUGGCGCUGAACUUGUUAAUCCUUUAAUCCGCCCAUGAAGGCUCAGUGAACGGUAGUAAACUUAUUUAACAGCUCUUUCCCCUUAAGGCCAGGUAAUUAUAUCGGGGCGGUCAUAUCCAAUAAUAGGGAUUUGAUAAAAAUAAGUACCGUGUUAAUCGUAUAUCUAGUCCAGAAUUACGCUACUUGGUAGAAAUAGAAGAAUGAAACGGCUUAUCCACUAACUAGCUAGUGGAACUUAACCAUUUUGAUCGAAUCAAUCCUUAAAUUUGUGUAAGUUUGUGGGACAUAUUGAAGGAAACAGAUCUAAUUACAGCGUGAAAUUCUACUUCUGAUUCUCUCCCGUUAGUAAUAAACUUAGUGUAUGUCUAUUGAUGUAAUUUGUAAGUAAUUUGGUACUAUUAAUAGUAAAUAUUGUAAGUUAUUCAUCGUAUUUGUAAAUGUAUCUGACCA